CCUGCCCUGUUGCUGUUGCGCCGACGCCGGCUGCUACCCCUGGAAAGAGGAUGUACGAAGCCCUCAUACCCUUGGCUGGUCUUGCCUUUCUGAGUAACAUCCAUUUGCAAAACAGCUUGCCAGAGAGUUUGAGUGUGUAGAAGGACGCCCACCAUGGAAGAGACACUAGAAGAUCCCCCCACAUCAGCUGUCUUGCUGGAUCAUUGUCAUUUCUCUCAGGUCAUCUUUAACAGCGUGGAGAAGUUCUAUGUCCCUGGAGGGGAUGUCACAUGCUAUUAUACACUCACCCAGCAUUUCAUUCCCCGCCGAAAGGAUUGGAUUGGCAUCUUUAGAGUGGGAUGGAAGACAACCCGUGAGUAUUACACCUUCAUGUGGGUCACUUUGCCCGUUGACCUAAAAAGCGAAUCAGCCAAACAGCAGGAAGUCCAGUUCAAAGCUUAUUACCUGCCCAAGGAUGAUGAGUAUUACCAGUUCUGCUAUGUGGAUCAGGAUGGUGUGGUCCGGGGAGCAAGUAUCCCUUUCCAGUUCCGUCCAGAAAAUGAGGAGGACAUCCUGGUGGUUACCACUCAGGGUGAGGUGGAAGAAAUUGAGCAGCACAAUAAGGAGCUUUGCAAAGAAAACCAGGAGCUGAAGGACAGCUGUGUCAGCCUCCAGAAGCAGAACUCAGACAUGCAGGCUGAGCUCCACAAGAAGGAGGAGGAGCUAGAAACUUUAAAGAGCACCAAUAAGAAAUUGGAACAGCAAGUGAAGGCGCAGAAGGACCACUGGGAGACAGAGCUGCUUCAACUGAAAGAACAAAACCAAAAGAUGUCCUCAGAAAAUGAGAAGAUGGGAGUCCGAGUGGAUCAGCUCCAGGCCCAGCUGUCAACUCAAGAGAAAGAAAUGGAGAAGCUUGUGCAGGGAGACCAAGAUAAGACAGAACAGCUGGAGCAUCUGAAAAAGGAAAAUAGCCAGCUCCUUCUCACUUUGACACAACAGGGGCAGCACCAGAAGAAGCUGGAGCAGACAGUAGAGCAGAUGAAGGAGGAAGAAAUGACGGCCGUGAAGAAGCAACGGGAGUUAACGGACGAGAACUCUGGCCUGUCAAAAACACUGAAUGAGAACAAGAUUAUAUGUAAUGUUCUGCAGAGAGAGAAAGAGAGAUUGGAAAGAGAAAAUGAUCUUUUGAAGAGGGAGAACAGCAGAUUGCUGAGUUACAUGGGUCUGGAUUUUGACUCUUUGCCCUAUCAAGCGCCUACUUCAGAUCAAGGAGGUGCCGGACAAAACCCAGGACUUGUCUUUGGAAACCCAUAUUCUGGUAUCCAGGAAAGUUCGGCCCCGAGCCUGCUCGCCAUGAAGAGAUGCCCCACCUGCAAAUCUGACUUUGCUGAUGGCAUUUUCGAUCACACCUUGGAGCAGCAGCACAUGCAGACCCUUUGUUUGAAUUGUCCAGUUUGUGACAAGACCUUCCCAGCAAAAGAGAAGCAGAUCUUUGAAGACCAUGUGUUCUGCCACACUCUCUAAGUGUCCCAGCCUCCUGGAUCUAUACUGUACAGCGAUUUUUAUAGAGUAGAACCUAUAGCUUCUACUUAGAGCUAUGACCCACGAUCCUGCCUAACAUGAAAUUACUAGGGAUUUAGUCAGUCCUGUUGCCCUCAGGAUGGAGUCCUGUCGAUUAUCUGCAGAAUAGUGGUGAGGGCUGUUACUUCCAUCCUUGUGGGUUACUACCUUUUAAAUCACAUAACUAGCUGCGUCAUCCUCGCCUCUGGUGCCCACUCUUCUGAGGGUCUCCAGUACAAGGGCCCUGGGCUGCAACUGAGCUGGCCCUUCAUUCACAACAGGCUUGACUUGAGUACUAAGUGAUUCGUCUUCCGAGUUGUCCCAGUGCCCUUCAAGGUCAGGCCUUGAGUGUAUUCACAGUCGGUUCUCAGUCCUAACCCUGCAGCUGGUGAUUGAGUAGAGGUUGAGAAUUUCUUCCUCCUCCUCCUCAGGUCUCUCUCCCACUGUUUGCAUUAAACUAGCCACAAAUACCACCGCAGAGAACUCUGACAUCCAACUGGGAUGCCAAAGGUUUCUCAUCUUGAUUUCUCAGCUCCCAGCAGAAGCAUCUUAUUCCUGAACCAUGGACACAAAAUAUUUCAGUCACAGAAAGCCUUUCUCUCUGGAUACCUCUGUUUGGCAUUUUCUACUCUUUGAUCUUUCCUAUGCACAUAACCUUUAUUGUAAGUCCUUUCUUAAUGAUUAGUAGGACUUGUUAGAAACUGGGCCUGCAACUUUCUGAGCAGGUGAGUUUGAAUAUGGAUAAGUCAGAAUAAUGAGAACUAUUGUUAAUCUCUUUAAUACUGAAAAUAAAGUCGUCCUAUUUCAGGGACACUGGUCAUUUUAAA